GGGACGGCCAGCUGAGAAAGACCCGUUUUUACUAUAUCUGUUGGGGUACUUGGGGAGCUGUAUAGAAAGAGACUGCUGCUUGCUCCACCUCCUUCCCCUUCCCUUCUUCUCCCUUAUCUUUCAAUUCUCUUCAUCCUCUAGAGAGAGAGAGAGAGAGAGAGAGAGACAUGGGUAAUUGCCAGGCCAUUGAUGCCGCAGCCCUGGUUAUACAGCACCCAAGUGGGAAGAUAGAGAGGCUGUACUGGUCAGUAAGCGCAAGUGAGGUGAUGAAAAUGAAUCCGGGUCACUAUGUUUCUUUGAUUAUCCCGUUGCCGAUGCCUGAGGAAGAGAACCAGCAGGAGCAGAAGACCGUGCGGUUCACCCGCGUUAAGCUUCUCCGGCCGAGUGAUACUCUUACUCUUGGUCAUGCUUACCGCCUCGUAACUACUCAAGAGGUUAUGAAGGUCUAUCGGGCAAGAAAGAACGCCAAAACGAAGCAGCAGCCAGAAUCAUCUGAGAAGCCACAGACAGUGCUGCCGGAGAAGCGGAGUUCAGGUUGUGAGGCAGAAGGGAGUUCUGAAAAGGAUAAGACAUGCCAGGUGAUGAAACAUGAAAGACAACGAGCAAGGACACCAUCAAUGAACUCUGCUGCUGCAAUGAGGUCAAAAUCUUGGCGCCCCUCAUUACAGAGCAUCUCUGAGGCUGGAAGCUGAUCGGAAGAAUUAGUUUCGUACUUUCCGGCAUUCAACUGUAACGUGCAGUGUGUUCAUAAGGUAAUGGGACUGACACUUUCAUUCCCUGAUAUCCUACAUGGUCGGACUCCAAGGUGUGCAAAUAGAUUCACUAAAUCCAUGGAGGUACAACAAAUUCAAACCAUUUUCUUGUAGCUACAAAAGGAGCAAUGAAUCUUACAUUGUAUUGCCAGUAAUAUAUAGUGAUGAAUACACAGAUCUUGCCACCGCA